UCCAUGAUCGCCACACCUCGUCGCCUCCGCGCAACAACCACUCACCUCCACAGUAGCAACACAAAAGCCAUGGCAUCAUGGCCAUCGCCACCUCAUACCCUCACGCCAUCGAUCCGAUAGCCGAAACGGCAAGCGACUAUGGCUCCGACAUCGACGACGCCACCGCGCACCACCUCCUCUCUCAAGCCGAGUCACAGCCCUUGACAGACGACAUUGCCCUCGAAGCUCUCCCCCAUCCUCCAGUCCUGCAAGAUGACGGCGUCGAGCAAACCGCUCACUUGCGUCUUUCGCACGCGCAGUACUCCUCUUCGCCUCGGAGUUUGGGGCACAAGAGCAAGGCUGGUGAGGGAGAGGGACGGCGCGUGCGCGAGGCUUCAAUCGAGGUGGAAUACGACGAGGGCAAUAGGGCGUCCUUCUUCAAUUCCGCAUCUAUCCCCAACGAUGAAGCAACUCCCGCCGCAGCACCUCAACCCGAACCCUCGCAAACGAUCGACCCUCGUCUCCCACCUAUCGACCGCUUCCGCAGGCGCCGCCCUAUCUCCGUCACAGACCUCGUGUCUCCCGCCUGGUGCGAGCAGCAAUACGAAUACAGCCUCACGAAGUACGGACGCGUGCGCAAAACCCCGGCAAUGAAGCAAGGCUCUACCGUGCACCGUGAACUGGAAGAGCAAGUGCAUGUGCGCGUGCCGGUGGAGGUGGUGUCAAAGGAGGACAAGUUCGCGCUGCGCGUGUGGAAUUCGAUCCACGGGCUGCGCAUGCUGAGGGAGACGGGGCUGACGAGGGAGUUGGAGGUCUGGGGCGUGCUGGAGGGGGAGGUGGUGAUUGGGAUUAUCGAUGAGAUUCGCACGACGUGUCCGGAUGACGCGAUGGAGGCGAGGAUGUUGGAAGAUGCGGAGAGGGGGAGGGGGAAGAAGGAGGUGCUGCCUGCUGAUCAGCGUACUCUGACCGAGUUUCUCACUCAUUCUCAGAGUGCUUCCAUUCUGGAGAGGACUCCUCCGGCAUUGGGUCGACGCACACGUCACGAUUCUCCAUCGAGGACCUACUACCUCGUCGACGUCAAAACCCGACAAUCAAGGACACUUCCUACCUCCGGCUCGCAGUCCCGCCCAACACACAUGCAACUCAUGAUCUACCACCAACUCCUCUCUUCCCUAGCAGCCAACACCGUCCCCGCAGACCAAGUGUUCGCACGCUACAACCUCGACGCCAACACCCCCUUCAGCGACACCUUCCUCGCCCAAGUCGCCAAUCUCGACAUCAGUCCUUCUCCCGCGCCAUCGCAAGCAGACAAUAGCUCGACUCCCGCCAGCCAAGAGGAUCCCUUGACCGAAUUACUGGCGUACAACACCCUCUCCCUCCUCUGGCCGCUUCUCAUCAACGAAGCAUCCCUCACCUUCCCUCUUUCUCCACCGCAAUCAUCAACACCCUCCAUUUCCCCCCUCCUAACCGCCGAAUUCCGCACCAGCCGCCCCGACGAAGUAUCAGAAGCAGGCACCCUCAUAGGCCAGCGCAGCUUCCCCUUCGAUGCCAAAGCCGUGUCCGCUUACCUGGCCGACGAAAUCGGGUGGUGGAGGGGCGAGCGCGAGACAAAGGGCGUGGAGGUCGAGGAGGCGUUCAAGUGUCGGCUUUGCGAGUUUGCCGAGGGGUGUGCGUGGCGGGCUACGAAGGUUGAGGAGGGCCUGCGGAGGGUGAGGGAGAGGGAGGGGUUGAGGGGGAGGGGGAGAAGUGUAGUCUAAUUUGCGUGUGAGAUUAUCAUGAGAGACGACGACGACGAUGAUGUGU